GUGACUCAGUAUUGUUAGGCAAAUCAUCAUGAAUGGGUUAACUCCAGAACAACGCGUCCAAAUCAAUGAAAUUGUUCAAUUAAAACUGUUUAUACCACAAAAUUCUCAUCAGUGAUGGGGCGCAUUUUUGGUUGAACGGAUACGCCAACAAGCGAAAUUGUGUGAUUUCUGAAUUCUUCAAUAUGGCCAGUCCAACACGAAAACCUUCUUGUCUCGACUAUGUCCAAUAAUAAUAAUUAUGCAGAUGUCAAACGUAGCAAUCGAUUGCUGUAAUGGAGAUGCACUGAUUGCUAAUGGUAACGGAAACGAGGUGAAAUGUGGUAACUAAGUUGUGGUCUAGAACCACACAUCCUCCCUCAUCUCCAAAUAAAGUAGACGUCCCGCCGGCUACGACCGCCUACGGUAUUCUUACUAUGGCACCAAGAUCUGCAAAGAAGGAGAAAUCUAUAUGGUGCAAAUGUGAGCAGUGCAAAUCUCUCGUACUUGCCUCAGAAUUGACGAAACAUCAAACCGACAACUGCAAAGAUACGGGUUCGGCCAACGGAUAUAUUACUAGGACUGGCAUAUUCUUCAGUCGCCAGUUUGAAUGCGGUAGUUUACAAGGAUUCGACGAUUUGAAAGAUGUUAGCGAGCGUCAAUUAAAUGGUCUCAUACUAUUCAGUAGAUUUGUAAUGGAUAAACUCAAUAUUGUUCUUGGAGACCUUGUUGAGAUUACCGUCGCAUAUGAACAUGGAGAUAAGAAUAGCUUCGUUCGAAAGGUUUGGCCAAUCGAGGAAAAGUAUGGUGCUCGUGUGAUUAGCUCAAAUAAAGAUGAAGUCGUGUUUCCAGAACUUCCUAUUGCAUCGGUAGAGCUCAGAUGUUUUGAAAACCCUGUUAUGGAUGCAAAUAAAGUAGUAGUAAGCUUGAAUGACGAAAUAGUUGAAGAACAAGUAAUUAAAAAUCAAGGCAGCUUCCUGAAACUGCUACAAAGGCAGUAUAGCGAUAGAAUUCUGAAUGAUCAAAAUUUACUUAGGCUUAAAUUAUGCAACAGAAUCAUAACAUUUAAAAUAACAAAAACCGAGCUUAAGACCGCAGAUCUUAUUGAUCAGAUGGAAAGUUUAUCAGUUAAUAGUCAAUAUUUUCAUUUAAAGUGUAAUACUACAAUUACGAUUGAUUCCCAAGAGCAAACAAAAAAUUCAUCCGAAUCACCUCGAUUUACAAUAAGUCAAAUUGGUGGGCUUCAAAAGGAAGUGGAUGAAAUAUUAGACAUUGCCAAAGUAGCACUAGGAUUAACUAAGCGCACAGGAUACGCACCGAUCAAUCGAGGAAUUCUUGUAUAUGGUGUGUCCGGUGUUGGAAAAACAUUACUGGUUAAUUCUGUUGCUGAUUACUUCAAAUGCCAAAUAGUAAGAAUCAAUAGUGCAGAAGUUUUCAGUAAAUUCUACGGGGAAUCCGAGAAUAACAUAUUGAGGUUGUUCAAUAGAGCAUUUACUAAUUAUCCUGAUCCAACAAUUGUGAUUGUUGAAGAAAUUCAAAAUAUUUGUCCAAAAUCUGAAGUAUCGGACAUUGUCAAACGAAUAUCGCACUUUUUUGUUCAUCUGCUAGACUCCUUACAUACCAGAACACAAGGAGCUCGAACGCUCGUAAUCGCUACAACAGAUAAUCCGGAUAGUCUGAAUUCUGCCCUUCGGAGGAGCGGCCGAAUGGAAUAUGAGUUGGAAAUACCCGUUCCAAGCGCUGAGGCACGUGAGCAAAUAUUGUUAAAGAUUUUGACCAAUUAUAAACACGAUCUAAUACCAUCUGAAGUUAAAAAACUUGCCCGAAUUGCUCAUGGCUAUGUUGGAGCCGAUUUAGUUAGUUUGGUAGGACGGACAAUGUAUGAUACCAACACAUCGAUUAAUUACGCCGGUUUGGUAUCAGCUUUGCAACAUGUGAAGCCUAGUGCGAUGCGUGAAAUUAUGAUCGAGUGUCCGAACGUCCACUGGGCAGAUAUUGGUGGACAGGAUGAUUUGAAAUUGAAACUGCGCCAGAUUAUCGAGUGGCCCAUCCAUCGACCUGAAAUCUUCACUCGCCUAGGAAUAGAUCCUCCCCGAGGUCUUCUGAUGUUCGGGCCUCCAGGGUGUUCGAAAACUAUGAUUGCGAAAGCAAUAGCCACUGAAAGUAAAGUGAAUUUUCUUUCCAUCAAAGGAUCGGAACUUUUUUCCAUGUGGGUCGGUGAAUCGGAACGUGCGGUUAGUGAGUUAUUCCGAAAGGCACGUCAGGUUGCUCCAUCGAUAAUUUUUUUCGACGAAAUUGAUGCAAUCGGAGGUGAACGAUCUGCGGAAACGAGUAGCUCUGUAAACGAAAGGGUACUGGCACAAAUUUUGACCGAAAUAGAUGGAGUUAGCGAACUGAGAGACGUAAAAAUUGUGGCAGCUACUAACCGACCGGACUUGAUCGACAAAGCACUAAUGAGACCGGGCAGACUCGAUCGUAUCAUAUAUGUGGGUUUACCCGAUGCUAGGACACGGGCUGAAAUAUUCCAAAUAAAAUUGCGAAAUAUUCCGAUCACUGAAGAUGUUGAUUUGCAAAUGCUUGUGGACAAAACCGACGGCUACUGUGGCUCUGAGAUUGAGGCAGUCUGUCAAGAAGCCGUAUUGUGUGCACUAGAAGAUUCUUUUGAAACUGUGGAGAUAUCGAAGAAGUACUUCGACAAAGCAUUGCUCAUAGUAAAACCGCGCACUAGUAAGGAAUUACUACAACUCUACGAUACCUACUUGAAACAACAUCAAUCGUAGACAAGUCGUACUGUAAAUGCUGAAAUUAGAAAAAAAUACAGUAAAAUAAUAAAUGCCUAUUAAUUUAUCCACAUCUUUUCGUUUUCGAUUAUGCAUCGAAUUGAUACCUAGGGAAACUUGUUUGGAUUACUCGAGUUUUGUGUGGAUGUAAAGGAGACCCAGCAUUAGUUCAUCAUUUGCUCUGAGUUAUGCGUAACAUUUAUGCCUGAAUAAAAAUAAUCACCAUCCCCCGUAUUCUCCAGACCUGGCCCCCAGCGACUAAUAUCUAUUUCCAAACCUGAAAAGGUUUUUCCAAGGAAAGAAAUUUUCGUCGAAUGCUAAGGUCAUUGCAGAAACCGAAGCCUAUUUUGCAGGCCAUGAAAAAUAUUUUUUUUUUCAUAGGGCAUCAAAAUGUUGAAGGGCUGAUGGGUCAAGUGUAUUGCUCUAGAUGUAGGAUUACACUGAAGAAUAAAAUUUUUUCACGGUAAAAAAUCAACUUUUUCUUUGUUAGGCCCGGGACUUCUCAUUCCAUGUGCUUUUAAUCUACAAGUUCUAAUUGAAUAUUGUGUACUUGAAAAGCUAUAACACAGACCAACAGACAGUAUGAGUAAAUUCUUCUAAAAAUAAGUGUUCAUGGGGCACAAACUCCACCUUUAUUGAGCUGAGCGAGUUAUUUACUAUCGGUACACCCCUUGUGUUGUGUAAACGUUUUUCACUAG